UUAGGUCGUCCCGCCAGGACACCAAAAUCCAAAAAAAUUAAAAAAAUCAACGGAACAAAAAUCAAAUUCCCUCCAACACUAUUUUGCACUAUCUCACUCUUCCUCUGCAAGUUUAUAUGACAAAACACAAAACCUUCCUUUUUGUUCGCUUUUCUCAUUUCACUUCAAUCUCCCAUCACUAGUCCCCUGCAUUUACUUCCACACCCUCUUCUAUUGUCGGGAAUUAAAUCUCCUCGCUGAAAUUCGAUUCACCUAUGGAAACCAAUUCUUCAUCCAGUGUUUUUCUCGGUGUCCGUUUCGUUCUCUUCGGAUUCAAUCCAGCCACCGAAAACAAGGUUAGAUGCAAGCUUGUUUAUGGCGGUGGAAUCGAUGCUGGUCAGUAUAGCCCAAGUUGUACUCAUGUAAUCGUGGAUAAGCUUGUUUAUGACGAUCCUGUAUGUAUUGCUGCUCGAAACGACGCCAAGACUCUCGUCACGGCCUUAUGGGUUGAUCAUAGUUUUGACGUUGGAAUGCCUGUUGAUGCCACAUCGAUUAUGUACAGGCCACUCAAAGAUACAAAUGGAAUACGAGGUGCAAAAAAUUUAGUAAUAUGCUUAACUGGUUAUCAGCGGCAAGAUCGAGAGGACAUUAUGGCAAUGGUUGGCUUGAUGGGUGCUGAAUUCUCUAAGCCGUUGGUGGCAAACAAGGUUACUCAUCUGAUUUGCUACAAAUUUGAGGGGGAGAAGUAUGAACUUGCCAAAAGAAUAAAUACAAUAAAGCUUGUCAAUCAUCGAUGGUUGGAAGAUUGCUUAAGGGAUUGGGAGCUUCUUCCUGAAGAAAACUAUGACAAAAGUGGCUAUGAGUUGGAGAUGAUGGAAGCAGAAGCUAAGGAUUCUGAAGAAGAGGCUGAUGACACAACCAGCGCACUUUGGGGGAGAAACAUAAAUAAGAGCCCUCAUAAUUCAAAGAUUGGGCUACUGACAACCGGUAAAUUGUCCAAAACAGUAGGUGAAGUUUCACCUUCAAAUGGUCCUCUAAACAAGUUAAUAAUUCCUGUAGAAGAAAAGUCAUCUGUUCAGGCCUCAAGCUUUGGUAAUGCUGAUGUUUCUAAAGCACUUGGCCAUCACACUACUAGUUCUGGUGAGCUACCUUACCCGCUUGAACAAAAUCCAUAUCCUACAAGAGUAAGGAAUAGCUUGACAUCUACCUCUGGAAGUGAUGCCCAAAGGCCCGUUCAUUCUGAUGCCGCAGUUAGUCCUAUAAGUUACUCAAUGAAAACGUCUAGGAGAUCCCCACUUCCUGUGGACUCUCCAAAAAUAUCAGGCAAUUUCAGCAACUGUUCUAAAACACCUUUGGGUAAAGUCCAUGAUGAUUUUGACAACUCUCCCUUCAAGGUUGAACAAGUGAAGGACAGAUUUGGCUCUGGUUGCCUUCAAACUUAUCAGGAAGGAACUGAGUUAGUACACAGAGAAGACUCGAGUGGUUUGUUGCCUCAAAAGAGAAUGGCAAAUGCUUCUUAUGCUAGCCUUAAGUCACCAAAGUUGAGUAUUGAUGCAGCACCCUGCCUGGAUCCUGUGUCAGGUGAUAAUACCCUGGGGGUGGAACCAAUAACUUUGAUUGAUGGCCAUGGUGGUCUUCCUGUUGAUGAGACUGCUAAUCUGAAUGCUGCACAGCAAUCAGAUGGUAACAAAUCAGCAACUAAACUUUCAACAAGUAGCAAGAAGUCAUUAACAUGUGGUGUGUCUUCCUCUAAAACUUUGAGUGGAAAGACUGGGCAGGAUAACGAUGCUGCUGAGAAGACACCUCAAUCAUCUUUUCAGAGAUUAAAUAAGUCUGCUUUAUCAACUAAGCCUGAAAUUUUACAUUUAGGUAUUGAGAGAUCUGCACAAGAAGUUAGAGAAAAAGGGGAGCAAGAGAAUUGGCAGCAAGAUGCGGAGUCAUCUCCCAGUAACAAUAAGUUGGAGACUGAGAAAUCUGGUGGGCCUGGCAAUUUGAGCUUGCCUGAAGGAGGAAAUGAUAACUUGAUCACAAAACCUCUUAGGAAGAAGAUGGUGGCCAAGAAGACUUUGGGUUCAAGACCCAAGUCAACUACUGUUAAUAUCCAAAAGGGUCCUUUAUACUUAAAUAAAACCAUCUCCCAAAAUGGUGCUGUAAUUCAUUCAUUUGAAGUAAAAGAGGCAGCAGAUCAUGAGAAGUCUUCCGGUUCUAUGAAACUUGAGACAUCUCCUCCAACUGUUAAUCUUGAAGCACCAAAGGAGAUGCUGACAACAAAUGUGAUAGCUGGUGACAAUAUGGAGAAUAAAAAUGAAUCAAUGGAUGCUGAAACUGAGGCUUCAGAAGACAAACUUGAAGAUGAAUUGGAGAAACCACUUGAUGAAAAGAAGUCUGGGGUGGUUAUAUUGACAAAUACAACAGAUACAAUCAUGGGAGAGAAUUGGGAAAGGCUGCAGGAUAUUGCAAACACAGGAAUGCAUGGUAAUGCAAUGGCUUCAGAGGAAGACACCAAUGAAACUGAAACAGAAAAGACUCUUUGUGAUGAGAAUUCUAAGCAUGUUAAAGCAAGCUUACGUGGGGAUGGUGUCAAAGGGAAGAUGAAUAAAGGACAAAAACGCUCUACAGGUGGAGCCAAGAUGAAGAUAGAUAUAUUGAAAUCUAAGAAAGGUGUGGAUCGUGAAGAAAGUGGGGCUGAGAACAAUGAGGGGACAGGGUUGGAAAAGAAGAAAAGAGUGUUGUUUCCUUCUGGUAAAACUAAUAGAUGCCCUAGUGCAUCAAAUAAGUCAGAGAACAGUAGUGAAGUGGAGAAGGAGAACAGGCCAGUUAAAAACUUAAGUCAGAUCAAAGAGAAUGAUGGGAAAUUAUCUAUUAAUUCUAACAUAGUGCCAAGGAAGAUCAAUCGAAAGGCAGGGAAGGUUAAUCCAAACGGUGAGAAAAUAGAACCUGCAUGGUUCAUAUUUAGUGCACAUCGACUACAAAGAAAGGAGUUUCAACAAGUUAUUAGGCGUUUGAAAGGAAGACUUUGUCGAGAUUCUCAUCAAUGGUCAUACCAGGCCACACACUUUAUAACCACAGAUCCAAUUCGAAGGACAGAGAAGUUCUUUGCUGCUGCUGCAUCUGGGAGGUGGAUUCUCAAGACUGAUUAUCUAAGUGCCUGUAGUCAGGCUGGAAGAUUCUUGGCAGAGGAGCCAUAUGAAUGGCACAACAAUGGCUUGAGUGAAGAUGGUGCAAUAAAUUUGGAGGCUCCAAGGAAGUGGCGACUCUUGAGGAAGAGAACUGGCCACGGUGCAUUUUAUGGAAUGCGCAUAAUCAUUUAUGGAGAAUGCAUUGCACCACCUUUGGAUACCCUGAAGCGUGUCGUGAAAGCUGGUGAUGGGACUAUAUUGGCAACUUCCCCUCCUUAUACCCGCUUCCUAAACUCUGGAGUUGAUUUUGCAAUUAUCAGCCCCGGCAUGCCACGUGUUGAUUUGUGGGUCCAGGAGUUCUUAAAAAAUGAGAUACCUUGUGUUCUAGCUGAUUAUUUGGUCGAGUAUGUUUGCAAACCUGGGUAUUCCCUCGACAGGCAUGUGCUAUACAAUACUAAUGUUUGGGUGGAGAGGUCAUUUGCUCACCUGCAGGACAGAGCAGAAGAGAUUGUCGAGGACCUGACACCACCAGAUGAUAGUAGUAAUGACAUAGCCUGCCAAGUUUGUGGGUCUUGCGAUAGAGCGGAGGUGAUGCUUAUGUGUGGUGAUGAAAGUGGUUCUGUUGGUUGUGGGAUUGGUACCCACAUUGACUGCUGUGAUCCUCCACUUGAAGAUGUUCCUGAGGACGAUUGGUUUUGUCAAAAGUGUAGUGAAAGCAGGCGUAGCACAAACUCAGGCCAGAAAAAGAAAAAGGGAACCUCAUUAUUGGAAAGCAAAUGAAUUUUGCUCUCUCGUUUGCAACCCUUUCAGUUUUAGAAAGGUCUCUCAAAUAGUUUUUGUACGUUUAGUUGUGGCAAGUGCAGUAGUAUAACUCAUUAUAUAGUCGUCCAAAAUGUUUGUAAUGUACUCUGUACAAAUUAGUUACUAAAAUUGUAUCAUGGUGACUUAGAAAAUGUUUGGCCAA